CACAAUCACAAGAAUAAGAAACAUUUCGAGCAGCCUCUGAGUAGCUUUGUUGUUUGCUUCUAUACUGUACUGUCAGCUAUAUUAAUCAAUAUUUUUGGGAGCUUUUUACUUUUCCUCAGAAAUGUAUAAACCCACGUUGACGAUGGCUUCCAGGAAUUUUCCUGAAAUGAAAUGACAGGUCAAGCUGGUGCGCAAUCGCAGUAUCGUUAGCGGACUGCUUGCUAAAUUAGCUAGCAUAUCGAAUUCAACGGAGCAAAAUAAUCUAGCUGGUUUUUAAACAAAUCCGUGACAUUACAAUUAGAUUGUUAAGAAGUGUGCGGUAAUUUCGCUAUAAACGGGCUCUUACAAUUGCGGCAGGGGACAUUCUAGCUAGCUAAGUGCGUUAGUCUAAAUUCGAGAGCAGGCGAAUGUCAACAAAUGAACGACGUUCCCUUGGCUUUACAUCAACAACAAUAAUUGGACGAUCGAGGGUGUUGCGAAAUGGAAAUCUUAAAAAAGUAGUAUUGCUUCACCCAGAGAUAACAAUUCAGAAUUGCCAACGCUGGCCAGUUAGUAAGCUGUUUACUUUUACUAGCUAGCUAGCAAGGUAUUUCUCUCUUUACUGACAGUGACUUUACUGUAGCUUUCUGUCAAGAUGCCUGGAAUGGUGGCGUUUGGCCGGCGUUGGGGAAUUGCGAGCGACGAUCUGGUCUUCCCCAGCUCCUUUGAGCUGUUCGUCAGGGUUCUAUGGUAAGUGUUGUUGCCACACAAUUAAAACUUGAUCUAUCAAACGUGAGCUCGACAUUAUUGGGACGAUAUUUAAAGGGAGGGAUGAUGCAUAAGUGUUGUCAUAUACCACGUGCAUUAUUAAAGACGGCUGUCAGUAGUAAUAGCUACAUAGAUCCCACACUCUGUAGCAACUAACAGGACAGCAGCUGAAGGCCUAUUCUCUCCUCUUGGUUUUUAUUUAUUUUAUUAGAAAAUGUUAUCAUCCUUGCUGUGCCCAACCCACAACCACACCCUUCCAAAGGUUGCUGCAUUGACCUCUGCUGGUAUUGCAUUGAUGUGUUUUAAUGAGCUAAAUAAUCUAUACAUACCUCUGUCCUGCCCUACAGGUGGAUAGGGACACUGGCGCUGUACACUCUCCAUAAGGGGAAGUUUGACUGUGCUGGUGGGAGAGUUCUACACAGCUACCUGGUGGUUCUGCUCGUCCUGUUGGCUUUCAUCAUCCUGUCUCUAUGUGCCAUCGUCUAUGUCAGCGCUCAAGGUGAAUCCGGCACACUUACUGUUAUGAUACGAUGAGAGGAAUUUACAUUAGUUAUUGGUGUGAUAUGUUAUUUUUUUGUUUUACCACUCAUAGUAAUAUAUAAAAAAAAUAAACAGGUCUGUUUAUCAUAAUAACAUAUGACAUCAUCAACAUGGAACUAAUCUCUUAUUGUCUUUGUUUCCUUAGGGACUAUCACUAACCCAGGCCCGCGGCGCUCCAUCCCGGUGCUGGUAUACUUGCGGGCGAUGCUGUACGUCCCUGAGCUGAUCUGGGCCAUCCUGGGGGCCAUCUGGGUGUCUGAUGACAGCCAGGGCUGUCAGCCUGCUGAGGUGGGGGCCGUCAUUGCUGCAGUGGUCGCCAGGUGGGUGGGAAGAACUCGUUCUUUCUGAAUAUAUACUGUGGAAUGUUUACGUGUGGUUAAGGGCAACACAUAUAGGCCUACAUGCCCCAUGAAAACACAUUGGCAGUUUACAUGAUGUGAAACAUUCUCCCAUCGCCCUCUCUGGCAGUUGGAUCUUGCUGCUGUCGACGGGGGUGGGGGUCCUGUUUGUGUUUGACCCGCUGGGCAGCAGCCAUCCUGGGCCUCAGUCCCAGGAGCAGCUGGGGGUAAGGGACCUGGAGAGCAGUCAGGGCUCCCAGCUCCUGUCCACUGCCCGCUCCGUGGCUGUCAGGGUCUGGGAGAGCAGGCUGAGGCUCCUCUGUUGCUGUCUGCCUCGGGAUGAGAGCCACAGAGCUGCCUUCUCCAGCAUAGCUCAGCUUGUCAGUGGAUUCUUCUCGGUAAGUAAAGGAAACAGGGUGUGUGUACGCGCAUACGCAUCUUGUUCAGAUUUUUUAACUAAUCAUGUUUUCUUUGUGUGUGUAUUGUAGGAUACAGACCUGGUUCCCAGUGACAUCGCUGCAGGUCUGGCUCUGCUACACCAGGAGCAGGAUAAGAUGGAGCAGUGUAGAGAUCCAGACGAGGUCCUAUCUCACAGCCCCUCAUCACCUAUCGUAAGUACUGGAGUCAGUCAAUUAAUCAGUGAGUCUUUCCAAUCAGUCAAUCAAUGAAUCAGUUGCCUUGGCGUGUGUGUUUUCCACAGGCGGAGGAUCUUGAGGCAGAGCUGGAGAAGGCAGCCCACUGUAUGCAAUUUGCUGUAGCUGCAUAUGGCUGGCCCAUGUAUGUCUACUCCAACCCUCUCACCGGAGCCUGCAAACUCAGCGGGGACUGGUAAGACUGUGACACCUCUAAUUUAACGUGCUCAUCCUCAUCGAUUUUUGAGCCGGGGUGUGAAAGUAAUUUGUCCUACAUAUUUGUUAACAGCAUUAUCAAGAGCAGUGGACAUCAGUGUAUUAAACACCAAAUACAUGAACAAAAACACAAGCACACAUACACUACCAGUCAAAAGUUUGGACACACCUACUCAUUCAAGGGUUUUUCUUUAUUUUUUACUAUUUUCUACAUUGUAAAAUAAUAGUCAAGAUAUCAAAAUUAUGAAAUAACACAUAUGGAAUCAUGUCGUAACCAAAAAAGUGUUCAACAAAUCAAAAUAUAUUUUAUAUUUGAGAUUCUUCAAAUAGCCACCCUUUGCCUUGAUGACAGCUUUGCACACUCUUGGCAUUCUCUCAACCAGCUUCACCUGGAAUGCUUUUCCGACAGUCUUGAAGGAGUUCCCACAUAUGCUGAGCACUUGUUGGCUGCUUUUCCUUCACUCUGCCGUCCGACUCAUCCCACACCAUUUUGGUUGAGGUCGGGGGAUUGUGGAGGCAAGGUCAUCUGAUGCAGCACUUCAUCACUCUCCUUCUUGGUCAAAUAGCCCUUACACAGCCUGUUGGUGUGUUGGGUCAUUGUCCUGUUGAAAAACAAAUGAUAGUCCCACUAAGCUCAAACCAGAUUGGUAUGGCGUAUCGCUGCAGAAUGCUGUGGUAGCCAUGCUGGUUAAGUUUGCCUUGAAUUCUAAAUAAAUCACAGACAGUGUCACCAGCAAAGCACCCCCACACCAUAACACCUCCUCCUCCAUGCUUUACGGUGGGAACUACACAUGUGGAGAUCAUCAAUUCACCCACACUGCGUCUCACAAAGACACGACGGUUGGAACCAAAAAUCUCAAAUUUGGACUCCAGACCAAAGGACACAUUUCCACCGGUUUAAUGUCCAUUGCUCGUAUUUCUUAGCCCAAGCAGGUCUCUUCUUCUUAUUGGUGUCCUUUAGUAGUGGUUUCUUUGCAGCAAUUCGACCAUGAAGGCCUGAUUUACACAGUACCCUCUGAACAGUUGAUGUUGAGAUGUGUCUGUGACUUGAACUCAGUAAAGCAUUUAUUUGGGCUGCAAUUCCUGAGGCUGGUAACUCUAAUGAAGUUAUCCUCUGCAGCAGAGGAUAACUUCAGAGGUCUGGGUCUUCAAUUCCUGUGGCGGUCCUCAUGAGAGCCAGUUUCAUCAUAGCGCUUGAUGGUUUUUGACAUUUUCCGUAUUUACUGAACUUCAUGUCUUUAAAGUAAUGAUGGACUGUUGUUUCUCUUUGCUUAUUUGAGCUGUUCUUGCCAUAAUAUGGACUUGGUCUUUUACCAAAUAGGGCUAUCUUCUGUAUACCCCCCUACCUUGUCACAACACAACUGAUUGGCUCAAACGCAUUAAGAAGGAAAGAAAUUCCAGAAAUUAACUUUUAAGAAGGCACACCUGUUAAUUGAAAUGCAUUCCAGGUGACUACCUCAUGAAGCUGGUUGAGAGAAUGCCAAGAGUGUGCAAAGCUGUCAUCAAGGCAAAGGGUGGCUAUUUGAAGAAUCUCAAGUAUAAAAUAUAUUUUGAUUUGUUUAACACUUUUUCGGUUACUACAUGAUUCCAUAUGUGUUAUUUCAUAGUUUUGAUGUCUUCACUAUUAUUCUACAAUGUAAAAAAUAAAGAAAAACCCUUGAAUGAGUAGGUGUGUCCAAACUUUUGACUGGUACUGUAUGUACUGUAAACACGUAAAUGUACUGUAAACACCUAUAUGCCAAUAUACUGUGUGUUUCAGCUGUAAGACCCAGUCUGCUGAGUAUGACAUUGUCGGAGGAGACAAUAUGGGCUGCCAUUUCUCCUCCAUCCUCCACAGCACCGGCCUACAGUACAGAGACUUCAUCUACGUUAGCUUUCACAACCAGGUACUUCGACUCAGGGCAAAUCUCAAGUGAGAUCCUAUUCCCCCCAUUAGUGUCCUGCCUGUUGGCCCGUAUUGAAUUCUCUAGUACUGAUAAAUAUAACUCUGUCUGUUCCAGAUCUAUGAGAUUCCGUUCUUCGUGGCUCUGGACCAUAAGAGAGAGGCAGUACUGGUGGCUAUCAGAGGAACACUGUCACUCCGGGUGAGACUUAUCAUCUCUAUCUAUCUAUCUUAUCUAACUUAUCUAUCUUAUCCAUCUUAUCUAUCUAAUCAAUGUCUUUCACUAGUUAAUGUACAUUUCUGUGUAGGAUUUGCUGACUGACCUGUCUGCAAACUGUGAGAACCUGCCAGUAGAGGGAGUGUCAGGAACAUGCUAUGCUCACAAGGUGGGUGGAAUAAUCACAUUACAUAUACAUUUUACUCAGUUAGCAGACGCUCUCAUCCAGAGCGACUUACAGUAGUGAGUGCAUACUUUUUCGUACUGGCCCCCGUGGGAAUAGAACCCACAACCCUGCCGUUGCAAGCGUCACACAUUACCAACUGGGCCACGGGACCAAACUUAACUUAUUUUAUUGAGCUUUACUUUCUUACAAUUUCUAUCAGAACAUAAAUAAUUUCCAAAGGACAUGUUAGACGUGAGCUGUAACCACUGUGUUCAACAGGGCAUGUCUCAGGCAGCCAGCUACAUCUGUAAGAAACUCCUCAACGACGGCAUUCUAAACCAGGCUUUCACCAUCGCACCUGUAAGAACACUUACCUUUCCUCUUUCAGAGAAAUUACAUUAGUUGUAUAUAACUUUAAAAGCACUAACUGUGUGUGUGUGUUUUUUUUUCAGGAGUACAAGCUAGUCAUCACAGGCCACAGUCUUGGAGGGGGUACAGCCUCUCUCCUGGCCGUUCUAUUACGGAGCUCCUUCCCCACCCUGCAGUGUUAUGCCUUCUCUCCACCAGGGGGACUCAUGAGGUAACAAGUUCAACACACGUAAAAAAAUAAUGCAUGCUUAGCAUUACAUCAAGCGUCGAUUUAAGUUGGUGUAAUGUACAUAAUAUUAGUCAGAUCGAUUUCCUUCUGUGCUCUCUCUGCAGUAAAGCCCUGGCUGAUUACUCCAAGGAGUUUGUAGUGUCUGUGGUGCUGGGGAAGGACUUGGUGCCAAGGUGAGGAGGAGAGGAGCCCCCCCCCCCAACUCAGACAAAUUGUUUCCCUGAAACAAACUGUGUUCUAUUAAUGAGUUUCUGUUAUGAGUUUCUCACUAUUGGACAUUAUUAUACUAGUACACACAGUGGACCAGGAUAGGGACUGGGAAACUCUUGUUGCGUGAGUGCAUGUAAUAAUAAUAAUAAUAGUAUUAUAAUAAUAAUAAUAUGGGCCAUUUAGCUGAUGCUUUUUAUCUAGCGACUUAGUCAUGCGGGCAUACAUUUUACGUAUGGGUGGCCCCGGGAAUCGAACCCACAACCCUAGCGGUGCAUGCUCUAGGACCAUGCAUGUGUCAGUGUGUCAACUCCAGUGGAAAGUCCUGAUUCCUGAGUCUGAAUGUGAAAGGGCUGUGGUGUACGAUGGAGAUGAUAUAUUUAGGAUCUGUCCCCUUAUUACAGGCACACAGAAAAUGAGAGCAACUCCCCCGCCCUCUCAAACUAUUUUCUCUCUCUGAGUUAGAGUUCAAGUGCUUGUUCUGUGUUUUGUUGAAAGGCUGCACAGAUUUAAUUCAUUUUUCCUCUCUCUCCACCUCCAUCUCUCAGGUUGAGUUAUCCCAACAUGGAGGACUUGAAGAGGAGAAUACUGAAAAUGGUUUCUAAUUGCAAUAAGCCCAAGGUGAGAACAUUAUCAUUCAAAUCCAAAAUUAAGUUUAUUAUGAGUAAAAUUAUUUGGGCAGAAUCCUAACUUUGGAGAGGGACCCUGAUGAUGUCUGAUGACUUCUCUUUUCUCUCUCUCUCUCUCUCUCUCUCUCUCUCUCUCUCUCUCUCUCUCGCUCUCUCUCUCUCGCUCUCUCUCGCUCUCUCUCUCUCUCUCUCCCUCCCUGUCCCCCUCUCAGUACCGUAUCCUGCUCCAGGGCUGUUGGUAUGAGUUGUUUGGGGGAGAGCCUGAUGACUUCCCUACUGAGAUGGACAACAGACGGGAGGAGGAGCUUAACCAACCGCUUUUGGGGGAGGAGUCACUGCUGAUUCGCGGCUCAUCAUCCUAUCAAGGCCUGUCUUCCGAGGACUCGCCUGUACACUGCGCCCACCUGCCACUUUACUUACCGGGACGUAUACUGCACAUUACAGAGGACGGGCCGUCACGGAGGUGUGUAUGAGGCACACACACAAAUUAAAGGAGACAUUUACUUUUUACAACCAGAUCUGUAUUUUGGCAUGUUAUAGAAGUGUUCAGACACUUGUUUUUGAGAAACUUACCCCAAACCAGCGAGACUUCCUCAUCCUCGUUGUGCAGUAUGGGCGCUCGAACAAAACAUGAACAAAAGCUCCAAAAACACCCAAAUACAUGCUUUUAGAAACGGAAACACUCUCAGUAUAGUGAUGCAGGUCUUCCAUUUUGUCACUCCCUCCAUUCUCCACACGGCUACACAGAGAAUGGAACUGCUAUAUAGUGGAAACUGCUCGAGUCUUACAAAAUGGAAAUAACGUUACUGAUUAAGUUCAGAAUUACACAAUUUUGGUUGUAAAAAAAAAAAAGUUACCUUUGAAAUCAUCACUUUAUGUCUUAAUAAAUCACUGUGUGUUUAGUUAUUGAAAAUAACUCAAAAAUAUAUUUUUUAUCAUUUAUUUCCCUGAGCCUCCUUUGGUUCUUGAAAUGCUCAGGCUGAUCGUGUGGGCGUUAGGAAACAAAUUUGAAGAUAUUUACAUACACAACCCUGUGGUCUAGAGUCCACCCCCUUGCCCAGAUGAAUAGUCAUUGGUCUAUUAUAAUCAGAUCACAUUGUCACGUCAUGUUGGCCCAAAGUUCCAUUCAUCUGAACAGGCUGAAAUUCCAGGAUUGUUUUCAAACAGCUCUUACAUAAAAAGGGCAUUGUUAUCAUUUUCAGAAUUUAUUUUGACCUCAUAGUGGAAAUAUGAAGAAAAACAGGAAAAUCACGUUUCUAACUGCACUGCCCCUUUAAGUACAUUACAUCCAUGUCUGCCUUUAUCAUUGACCAAAGUCCUCCACUUUUUCUUCCCUCCUUCAUCCCUCCUCCUAGGUCCUGUUUUUCCCAGGUGCGUUACCGGGCAGAGUGGUCCAGUGAAACGGCAUUCCGGAGUGUUCUCAUCAGUCCCAGGAUGAUCGCCGACCACAUGCCUGACGCUGUGCUCUGGUCGCUUCGCAGUCUGACGCAGGACAGGCCCUUCAACCUCUGCCCCUCGUCGCUUAGCAACAGCCACCUCAACGUCAUAUGAGUCACACUGCUACACACACACACACACACACAC